UCUCCCCGCGGCUUCAAACCGCCGCCCGAGAAAACGCUUCUCCGGCGCACCUUGUGCCGAAAGGGCCCCGAACGUCCGUGCGCGGACACGGCCGGGCGCCGCGAGCCUUUGGCACCCGGGUCGCCGACCGGCUCUCCCUGCUUGGCUUGCAGCCCGGAGGCCGCGCCCCGGAAGGCGGCGGGCACCCCCAAGAUCUACACCAGGACCGGAGACCAAGGCUUUUCCAGCACAUUCACGGGGGAAAGAAGGCCCAAAGACGACCUGAUCUUCGAAGCCCUGGGGACGCUGGAUGAACUGAGCUCAGCCAUAGGGUUAAGUGCUGAAUUCGGGAGAGAACAUGGCCAUUCGUUUGUGGAAGAACUUCACAAGGUCCAGUGCGUGCUGCAAGACGCCGGCUCCAAUGUGGCGACUCCCAUCUCCUCAGCCAGGGAGUCACAUUUGAAGCGGACGUCAUUUAGCAACAAGCCCAUAGAGGAGCUGGAAUCAUGGAUCGACGGCUACUCAGAUCGGCUUCCGCCGCUCACUGCUUUCAUCCUGCCCUCCGGCGGCAAGAGCAGCGCUGCGCUCCACCUCUCCAGAGCCGUCUGCCGCAGAGCCGAGAGGCGUGUUGUUCCUUUGGUGAAAACGGGAGACGUGGAUGCCAAUGUAGCCAAGUAUUUGAACAGGCUGAGCGAUUACCUGUUUGUAUUGGCCCGCUACGCCACAAAAGGAGAAGGGAAGGAGGAGAAAAUCUACAGGAGGAGGGAGCUGUGAGACGAAGCAGCUUUGGGGGCAAGACGGGGGAGCCGUUCCAUGGAGCCGGCGCAGGGUGGGCGAGACCAAACCGAACAACGCGCUGCAGCCGGAGGGACGGGCUGCUCCUGCAAGCUGCCCAUGCCCACCAGUCC